AUGGAUUCUGAAAUAAAAUAUUUAAAAAAAAAGAUAAAGGAACUUAAAUUAGAACUUUCUAAUAAAGAAAAAGUAUUAAAGCAAAAUAUAAAUAAUAAAAAAUACAAUGGGUUAUAUCUUGAAGAAUUUAAAAGAUAUGGCCGACAAAUAAUUAUACCAGAAAUAGGAAUAGAAGGUCAAAAGACCCUAAAAGCAGCAAAAGUAUUAGUUAUAGGGGCUGGAGGCUUGGGUUGUCCUGCUUUAACUUAUUUAACAGGAGCAGGAAUUGGGACUAUUGGAAUAGUUGAUGGAGAUUGUGUCGACAUAUCAAAUUGUCAUAGACAAAUAUUGCAUACAUCGUCUAAAUUAGGGCAAAAAAAAGUCAAUUCUGCUAUUGAAUAUUUAGAAGACCUAAAUCCUUUUGUAAAAUUUGUUAAUUAUUCUACACAUAUUUCUCCAUCUUCAGCAAUAGAUAUCAUUAAACCAUAUGAUAUCAUUCUUGAUUGUACAGAUAAUCAAUCAAUACGUUAUCUUAUAUCAGAUACAUGUGUUCUUUUAAAAAAGCCUUUAGUUAGUGCCAGUGCUAUAAGAACAGAAGGUCAACUUUGUAUUUAUGGAUUUCGAGGAAGCUGCUGUUACAGAUGUCUUUUUCCUACACCAUCGCCAAAAGAAACGGAUCAAACGUGCGAGGGAAAUGGUAUACUAGGAAUGGUUGUUGGAGUAAUGGGAACAUUGCAAGCAUUAGAAGUAAUAAAAAUUUUGUUAUCACAACAGCUAUUAUCCGAAUAUAACAACAUAGAAACAAAUAAUUAUGUAUCCUACAUGACUAUAUUUUCAGCAUUUUCGGUUCCUCAAUUCAAGUUUAUUAAACUUCGUCCGAGAAAAAGCUCAUGUCCAAGCUGUGGAGAUAAACCUUUAAUUACAAAAAAUAUAAUUGAAGAAGGAUCUUAUUACAAUUUAAAUACUAUAUGCAAAGAAGAAAUUUUAGAAAAGGAGCAGAGAAUUACUGCGCAGGGAAAUUCUAUAUUUCAAUCUAAAAAAAGAUCUCAAAUUAUAUUAAUUGAUGUUAGAGAUGAAACACAAUUUAAAACAUGUUCCAUACCAUUCUCUAUAAAUAUUCCAUUAGCUGAUUUGUAUAACCUUCCAUGCCUUCCUAUCGAUAAAAAUAAACAAAUAUAUGUCAUAUGCAAAUCAGGAAAUAAUUCUCAACUUGCAGUGAAACUACUUUAUGAAAGAUUUGAUAUUUCGAAUGUUAAAGAUGUUAUUGGAGGAUUAAAAUCAUGGAGUACUAUAAACAAAGAAUUUCCAAUAUAUUAA